AAGCGGGAAUGCCACGCCACGGACGGCACCCGCUGCGUGCCCGAUUUCGCUUUGCCCUUUCUCCAUUCGGGUCUCCCCCCAGCCGGGGAAAGGCGGCGGCAUUGCGCUGAUUGGCCUCGCCUCCCAAUCCAACCUCCGCUCCUUUUAUCUAUCUAUCUAUCUAUUGUGAGGGGUGGGGAGGACUCGAUUCGAUUGGCUUGCCUGCCUGCCUGCAAGCAAUGGCGGCCAAUGAGGAGGAGGAGGGGACUUCGCCGCUGCUGAGCAAGGAGGAGGAACGCCGGCACCACCCCGGCUGCCCGGGCUGCGACCACGACCGGAGGAAGGACCUCCAGACCGGGCUGCCUUACAAGGAAUUCUCCUACGUCUGGAUGAUCUGCCUCACCACCGCUUUACCAAUAUCGUCACUGUUCCCCUUCUUGUAUUUCAUGAUAAGAGACUUGCAUGUUGCAAAAAGAACAGAAGAUAUUGGGUUCUAUGCUGGGUUUGUAGGUGCUUCUUUUAUGUUUGGUAGAUGUUUGACUUCAACUCUUUGGGGAAUAGCAGCAGAUCGUAUUGGGAGGAAGCCUGUUGUUGUGUUUGGCAUUCUCUCUGUGGUGAUAUUUAAUACUUUGUUUGGGCUUAGUGUCACCUAUUGGAUGGCAAUAGCUACAAGGUUUCUCCUUGGCGCUUUAAAUGGCUUACUUGGACCAAUGAAGGCUUAUGCUAUUGAAGUUUGCCGACCUGAACAUGAACCUCUAGCACUAUCACUUGUCAGCACGGCAUGGGGAAUAGGUCUCAUCAUUGGUCCUGCUCUUGGAGGCUACCUUGCACUGCCUGCAGAAAAAUACCCAAAUAUAUUUUCACCUGACUCAUUAUUUGGAAGGUUCCCCUACUUCUUACCAUGCUUGUGCACAUCAGUCUUUGCUGCCAUUGUUCUGAUAAGCUGCAUAUGGAUGCCGGAGACGUUACACAAGCAUAAAGUCAGUGAUGAUGGAAAUCAAAGUGUUGAAGCUUUGGAGGCCCAUCUGAUUGAUCCAAAAGAGGAGGUUGGACAAAGUAAUAGUUCGAAUACCAAGAAGAGCUUAUUCAAGAAUUGGCCAUUGAUGUCAUCUAUAAUUGUUUAUUGCGUCUUCUCCUUCCACGAUAUGGCUUAUACAGAGGUGUUCUCUCUAUGGGCUGAAAGUGACAGGAAGUAUGGUGGACUGAGUUUAUCAUCUGAAGAUGUAGGUCAAACACUUGCAAUUACAGGUGCCAGUCUUCUUGUGUAUCAACUAUUUAUGUACCCAUCCAUCAUUAAAGUUCUUGGACCGAUCAAAUCUUCUCAGAUCGCAGCUGUUCUGUGCAUACCUAUUCUCUUUGCCUACCCCUAUAUGACAUACCUCUCAGGACCUGGAUUAUCAAUCGUACUGAAUAUUGCAUCAGUCAUAAAAAAUAAUCUUGGUGUUACCAUCAUCACAGGCACUUUCAUCCUUCAAAACAAUGCAGUGCCUCAGAACCAAAGAGGAGCAGCAAAUGGAUUAGCCAUGACUGGAAUGUCCUUUUUCAAGGCAAUUGCCCCUGCAGGUGCCGGCAUUGUGUUCUCGUGGGCGCAGAAACGCCAGCACGCUUUCUUCUUUCCAGGUGAUCAGAUGGUGUUCUUUCUGCUGAACAUCAUCGAGCUCCUUGGACUUGUCCUCACAUUCAGACCCUUCCUGGCCGUGCCAGAGCAGUAUGAAAGAAACUAGCCUUCCCGUGCGUUAUUAUUGUAGAUUUUUUUUGGAUUAUUGAUGAGACGAUGACGACUCAUGCGGCCCCGCCACGGCGGAGAGAAGGGCUCAAGGGCGGCCUUGCAUCAGGAUAAGAGGUGAUUACCUGUACUUGUGUGUAACAUAUAUGUUGUAGCAGCAUCUCAGAAUGAAGGUGGUGCAUAUAUACAUGUUUUGUCUGGUAUAUAGAUGGUGGUGGCCAGUUAAGUUGGUUGUUUGCCAUUAGUUAGGUAGCAACAUUUGUAAAACUAGUGCACAAUGCAAGAGACCUGUACUAGCUGGGAAGAAAUAAUCUGGUGGGAAUUAAUGGCAUCGGCAUAGUUGUUGUCA